AUGGAGGAGGUCAGUGAUGGAGGAGGUCAGAGAUGGAGGAGGUCAGAGAUGGAGGAGGUCAGUGAUGGAGGAGGAGGUCAGAGAUGGAGGAGGAGGUCAGAGAUGGAGGAGGUCAGUGAUGGAGGAGUGAUGGAGGAGGUCAGAGAUGGAGGAGGUCAGAGAUGGAGGUCAGUGAUGGAGGAGGUCAGUGAUGGAGGAGGAGGUCAGAGAUGGAGGAGGAGGUCAGAGAUGGAGGAGGUCAGUGAUGGAGGAGGUCAGAGAUGGAGGAGGUCAGUGAUGGAGGAGGUCAGUGAUGGAAGAGGUCAGUGA